CUUAUGGUCUUGUUGGUGUAUUUGUAUUUCUCAGGACCUUCACAGAACAUGCGUAUGUUCAUGUCAAGUUUAGUGCAAAGGAAAUAAUAUUUUGGCUUUCGGUGGCCUAAAAUUAGCUAAAAUGCAUAAGUUAAAGUUUUCACAAAGGGACAAAGUAAAGAAGUUCAUUACAUUUACACAUACUGAGGAACAAACAGCAAUAUACUGUUUAGCACAAAAUGAUUGGAAACUAGACUUGGCAAGUGAUAACUAUUUCCAGAAUCCUGAAGCAUAUUAUAAAGAACCAAAAAAUUCAGUAGAUAAGAAGAAGCUAGAAAUAUUAUUCAGUCGAUAUCAAGAUCCAAAUGAACCAGACAAGAUUACAGCAGAUGGAAUAAUGAAAUUUUUGGAUGACUUGGAUUUGAGUCCUGAAAGCAAAUUAGUAUUAAUCAUUGCAUGGAAAUUUCGAGCAGAAACACAAUGCGAAUUCACUAAAGAUGAAUUUAUGAAUGGCAUGAUGGAUUUAGGUGUGGACAGUAUAGACAAAUUAAAAGCCCGUUUAAGUAGUUUAGAAAAUGAAUUAAGGGAUCCUCAGAAAUUUAAAGACUUUUAUCAUUUCACAUUCAAUUAUGCAAAAAAUCCAGGACAGAAAGGUUUAGAUUUGGAUAUGGCAAUUGCAUAUUGGAACAUUGUAUUAGAUGAUAAAUUUAAAUUCCUGCCUUUAUGGUGUCAGUUUUUACAGGAACACCAUAAGAGAUCAAUUCCAAAAGAUACAUGGAAUUUACUAUUAGAUUUUGCACUUAUGAUCAAUCCUGAUAUGAGCAAUUAUGAUGAAGAGGGAGCCUGGCCCGUAUUGAUAGAUGAUUUUGUAGAAUGGGCCCAGCCUAGAGUUCGUCAAUCUCUCUAACAUCUUUUUAUUACAUUUUCAUACAAAAAAAGCUUUAUUUAUUCAAUUAUAAAGUCGUAUAUUCUUCAAGUGAUACUUGAUUAUAUUUUUCUGACAAAGUAACAUCAUUUUACUUUGUGUACAGAGAACAUGAUAAAGAGGCAGAUACUAUAAUUAUUAAAAUCCAUCAUGGUGUAUAAUAACUAUAUAAUGUAAAGAAAUUAUAUAAAAUAAUACUUGUAAACAAGUGGUUACUUUCAGAUGAAACUAAAAGUAUUGUAUGAACUUAAUUAAAAAUUAUAUUACGUUUAUAAUGAAGUUUUUCAGAUAAAUUGUAUUCGUUUAUCUGUACAAAGUAAUAUGAUGUGUGAUCAGUUUGUUUAAAAAAACAAAACAUAACAGUGAACAAUGUUGCUCAAUUACCGACGGUAUUUGCAAACUGAGGAAGUCAUUCACUGUGUUCCUUUGCACGAAUUUGGCUUCAAAAGAAGAGAAAUUACGAGAAAACUUCGUUUAUACCUUUUUGUAGAUAGUUAUUUCUAGAAAUUGCGUUGUUAAAAAAUUGUUAUUAAAUAAAUUUUACACUCUAUGUAAUACUUGUAAUAUACACACAGAAAACACAGAGAGGAAAAUCUGUAUUUUAAAUUUAAUCCCAUUUCGGCACUGGUAUGCUUACCUCUUCGUAAUCACCUAUUCGAGUAGGUGAUAGAAAAAGAUUUAUUUCUGUUUUUGUUAGUACAGAUUAAUAUUUAUAUUGUAAUUUUGAGAUACUAGAUGCUAGGGAAAAUAAAUUAAGAAUUUUUUACGAGUUCAAUUUAUGAGUUUUAUGCAUGAUUAUUACAGGUUAAAUACAUUAUUUCGUAUAAUCUUAUAGAAACACAGUUUCGAAUAUUUGCUGGUUUCAAAGUUAUACGAAAUGAAUUCACAUAAGAACAUUAAGAGAAGCGAACAACUGAUGAAAACGAAUUUAAUUCUCGUGAAAUUUUUUGUAUGUACUACAAAGUGUUAAAGCUACUAAUACUAUUUUAUAUUUAAUGUUUUCUUCCUACUUCACAAUGAAAUGUGUGAUUAAUGCUUUUGUAGUUUAGUAUAGAAUACGUGAAUUUUUCAAGAUUACUAAUCACUUUAAUUUAUAUACAGUAUGACAAGAUUGCAGAAACAUAAUGUAAAGAAAUAUGUCUCUAUAACUUUAUAGUUAACAGAUAAGAAAUCAAAACAUUAUAUUCAAUUAAAUAUAUCAACAUUGAAAGGUGCAAAGUAGAUAAUUAGCAAUAUGAAAAUAUAUCGUCCACAAAUUUCGGAUUAUAUUUUAUAAAAAUGUUAAGAUAGAUAAAAUGAUGAAGUUUCUGACAUAUGUAUUAAUUACAGAAAAAGUCCAGUUAAAUACUGUCAGGAAUACGUUCACACAAUGCAGAAAGAAAUGUUCAUAAAACAAAAAUUGUACAUUUCCAUUUCAUUUAAGUGAUACUAAAGUACAUAGAAUUUACAGAUUUAAGCUAUGUUAUUUUUUUCGAAUAGUUUAAGCAUUGCGUGAACAAUAAAGAAUUGUAAUAGUUUUAGAAUGAAAUUGUAAAUAAUGUAAAUAAAUCUGUCAGUCUUACUCU